ACAGUUGGUGUAGUGAGGAAGUGCUUUCGCUUUGUGAGUGGAAGCGUGUCUUUAUGAUCAUUUUAAGGAUGCUACCGGCAAUCGGCAUAGAUGUGUAGAAUAGUGCAUUAGAUCAUUUAUCGUGUUUUUAUAUACAGAUUUCCACGUUUGAUUUUCACUUUCACCCACGCAUUUAUUGGACUAGAACCAAGGAGCGGAGUACUGCUCCACAAGGGUGACCCUUGACCCUCUAACAAUUGAGCAUGAUGGACCACAGGAAAGCCUUGACCAUCUCACUGGCGGUGGACAAGGGUGACGAUUCCAUGAUGGGAAAUCCACUCAAAAUCCACAAAACACUCCUUUCCACACCGCCAGGGUGUAGGAAGGUAGAGGCACAGAUCCACUGGAGCCGGUUAGGAGGGAACAGGGCCAGCCUCCAGGAUCCACAGCAGGAGAAGGGAGCAGUGUUAGGGGAUCACAGCCAGGGGGCGCUGCCACAGUGCAACAUGGUCACGCAGCCCAGACUCGUCCUCACCGACGUCCUGACCACCGAUGUCGGGCGCACUUACCUGCACAAGACCUGGCAUGGCCAGGGUGCCAAGGAGACAGGGAGGGGUCGGGGGGCUCGAGGGAGGAGGGCUCAAGGGAGGCCAUCCCAGUACAGCAGAGAGACAUGGAGAGGAGGAGGAGAGGAGGAACCGGGAGAGGAUUGGAGGAGAUGCGGCGUGACGGAGGACGGAUACAGAGACGGAGGUGAACUUCCAGGCAGCACCGGAACGCCCGGCUUGCUGGACCCCGCGGCCCCGAACGGCCUGAAGAGGAGGGCCUCGCUCCCCGCUGUGGACCCCCCCACCAGGCCCCAUCAGGAGAAGAGGAAGUCUUGCUAUCAAAGGGCGUCAGAGGAGGUGGUGAAGAUGGUGAUCGUUGGAGAAGAGGGAGUCAAUGGAGAGGAGCAGAGAUGCAGACAAACAAGAGACCGUGGCGUGUCAGAGAGCUGGCGUUCUGGCCGGGGGAAGAGUCAGGGUGGGCCUCUCAGGGGGAAGGAACUGUCCCCCCCACAAUUAAUCAGGGCCUGGGACACCGAUUCAGGAAGUGAUGCUGAAGGCAAUGAGAGCCGCGAGCUGCGCUGCAAUGGCAGGCUGCAGGUCCGAGGGCGCGGGCUGGCCGGCUCCUGGAGCUCCAGGAGGAGUGUGCUGCGUCUGUCUGGGGAGGCCCAGAGGGCUGGGCCCGGCGCUGGGGCUGGGGCUGGGCCCGCGGAGGGGUCCGCCAAGCGCCUCCGCCCGGACGGGCAGGAUCCCUCCGACCACACUGGGAUAGUGAUGCUGACCACGGGGAUGGAGGAGGGCGCGGAGGCGAGCCCGGGGCCCGGGUCUGGGGUCAGGGGGAGGAGAGGGACUGUCAGACCGAACCCCAGCCUAGACAGGACCUCCACACCCAGCACUGUGGAGCCCAUUGUGCUGUCUAGUGAUGACGAGGAGCCCUCAGGGGGGGCACAGACGCCCCAGUCUUCCUGCAGUUCUGUCCUCCAGCCACUGGGGGAGCCGCAGCCCCAGGGAGAGCGCCCAAACCCACAGAGGGGCAACAGUCGCAUGCGCAGGACCACCCCAAAGUUGAUCCGUGUGAGGGUUCCAGGGUUCCCAGCACUCUCAAGCUCCAGGUCAAAGAGCUCCAGCAACCAGGCCCUGCCCUUCUCUGACCUCUACUGUGGGGGGGUGUGGGCUCAGGCCAGCGCAGACGCCACGAUCUCAGCCCAGAGAAUCACCAUACCUCUGAAAGACGGGCGUGGCCAGGCCCAUGUGGUCCUGCAGCACCCAGGGCUGUGGAGGUACAGCGUGUGGGAGCAGGAGGACCUGACAGCCCGGGGGCUGGCCUGGGAGGGGCCCCCAGGAGCGUGCUCCCCACCCCCUACCCUCCUCCUCCUCUACCUCUCCAAUGCCCAGGCCCUCUGCGUCCAGAGGCAGCUCCGACAGCUGUUUGUCAAGUCGGGUCCCGCCCCUACGGCCGGUGAGGCUCCAUAUCACUAAACGCUUUAGAUCCGGGGUUUUUAUUCUUUCAUUGAACCUUAUUCUAUCAGGCGAUCUCAGUUGCAUUAAGGGGAUGAAACUC